AUGACCUACAGCUGCUGCUCUGGAAACUUCUCCUCCAGCUCCUUUAGGCGCUGCCUGCCCUCUUCAGGUUCCUCCUGUGGCUCUUCCUACCCCAGCAACCUGGUCUACACCACUACCAGUUGCUCUCCCAGCCCCUGCCAGUUGGAAUCUUCUCUGAACACCGGAUGUCAGGAGACCUGCAUUGAGCCCACCAGCUGCCAGAGGUCAUGCGUGGUGUCCAAGCCCUGCCAGACAGCCUGCUACUACCCGAGGAGCUCCACACCUUGUAGUCCCUGCCAGGGGACAUAUGCUGGGUCUCUGGGCUUUGGAUCCAGCAGCUGCCGUUCCCUGCGCUAUGGAUCUAGAAGCUGCUACCCAGUGGGCUGUGGAUCCAGUGGCUUCAGACCCCUGAAUGGUGGAAUCUAUGGCUUCCCUUCCCUAAGUUAUGGGUCCAGAUUCUGCUACCCACUGUACUUGCCUUCUACUGCAUUUCAACCUUACUGUUAUACCUCAACUUGUGGAUCUUGCCCCUUUGGAUACAGCUGUUAA